GAAGCUAUUUUCUACCCAUCAUGGCUGCUGUGCGCCUGUUGCAGAGGAGCCCGGUUGCCGUGGCUCAAACCGUCUGCAGAGGGUUGAGGAGUACGUCCUCCAACCGGGGCGCUCUGGAGAAGCCUCCGACGGUGAAGGAUCUCCCCCGCGUCGGCGUUUUGGAGCUGCUCUACCGGAUGGUCUUUCAGGGCUUCUACAGCCGGGCGCAUGAGCUUCAGCUAUACGAGAAGCAGCUCUACGGGUCCAUCUACAGAGACGGCAUGAAGAACGUGUCCCUGACCAGCCCCAAGCUGCUGGAACAAGUCUUGAGGAGCGACGAAAAGUUCCCUUGCAGAGGAGACAUGUCCUUUUGGAAGGAUUAUCGUGACAUGAAAGGGUUCGGCUACGGACCUUUCACAGUGUAAGUGCGAAUGACAGGACGUGUUUCCGUUGCACUGGAAUGUGAUCCCGUUCCCGUCGGUGCCCGAGCAAUAGCAAAGUCCUGUCAUGUGAGACCGUUGGGUAGAUCCAGGGACAGAAGUGGUGCCAAAAGAAGUAAAAGGGAAAAAAAACAACCAAUGAAAACCACGGGACAGAUAAG